AUGCCUUCGCCUCGGCGCCAGCUACCUUUCCCCAUUCUUGCCAUCUUCGUUUUCUGCCUCAAGCCUGACCUUGUCCGCGGCAGCGAGUGCGCGCUGGGCUAUAACAAAUCAAGCACCGGCUCCUGUUACCGAAUCCUGACAGCUGGCAAGGAUUUCUGUUCAGCCGCCAGUUACUGUCUGCUGGAGCAGGGUAUGCGUCUGAAGCAUCGCAUCUCUCUGCCCGUGGGGGACAUCUCAGGUCUGCUUGCGAGCCUCCACCUCCCCACCCAGUCCUGGGUCGGAGCAGUUACGGUGGGCACGAGGGAGGCGGAGCUGCAGAAUCUCUCCGUUCAACUCAUUUUUCCCCGUGCACGUGGCAGCCCCCUGCCCGAUCACAUACUGACGAAGCUACCGCCGUCCCCACCGACGGUGGGCCAGUGUCUUGCAGCCAGUGACGCCGUCACCUUCCGUCUGGUUGACUGCAGCAUCCAACUGCCCUUCCUGUGCGAGUAUGAGCCUGACGGUGUGGUGGAGGUGUAUGGAGGCGGUGGGGAGGCGAGCAGUCAACCGCCAGUCGUAAAUGCGCGUUUUGACAGAGACUUCCCACUUCCGGUUGGUGAGUCGAAUGACAGCAGAGAUGCCCACCUGAGCUGCCUACAGAGGGCGACAGGUCGACACUCACGGUAUUCCUGUGCUGCGGAGUAAGUCCCAGCCCCAAUUUUUUUUUCUGGGUCCUCUUAAUGGAACGGAUACCACUCUCCGCUGACGCAGUCGUGAAGAACUCGGCGUUCUCGAUGGUAUACGAGUACAGGAUAGCAAAAGACAAGGCUCGAGUACAGCCAACGCCGAGCUACGAGGCCCCUAAAAAAAACUGCGAAUUUAAUCACAUUUAGGUCAAGUGACUGACCCAUCCCAGCCUGCGGCAACAUGUGGAAUCCACACCAAUUGCGGACCGGUUAAAUGACUGGCCAGGCAGGAUUAUCUAAUUAAUCGAUCUAGAAUUGAUCAGAUAACUGCCAGACUCUCUUAAUUAAUAGGUGCUGCUGGGAGAUUUGAAUCGUCCAUCUGACUAGCAAGGCGUUUUUGUUGGGAUGGGGCAGAUAUCGUGCAUUUACAGAAGAUGUGCUACCUCAUGAAAUAUUGACGAAAAUUCUGGAAUGCGUCUUUAAUUCGAAAAAAAUCACUCAAACAUCUUUGUCAUUUUGCCUAUCGUGUUGCAUAGAACCAAGAUAUUUCGGUCUCACCAAUAUUCCGGCUUUCGAACGAGCUCCUUUAUCGACCAUUUGCAUAGGCUACAUUUGAUAAAAGAUGACUACUUCAGCAGAAUAUUUUUUCUCAUUGGUUUCAGAUGCUCUUAUAAAUUUAAACAUAUUUUAUAGAAAAAAUGCACAAAAAUAUUCAUUUUUAACUCAAUUAGUAGCAAGUUACGCCUUCAAAUUUUAUACAUGAAUAAUGAAUAUAUUUUGUUUUUAAAAAGUUUAUAAUUAAGAGAUUUUUGAAGACUGUGGAAUGUCCAAUCGUAGAGCCCCACAUCAGCACAUUUAUUAAUACUGCUUAUAAAGUAGACAAUGUGAUCCACAUUCGAAAAGUCAAAUUGGCGAACGCACGUUUUCGGUAAUUCUUCCUCAGGCCAAUACAAUUACAUGAACAAAUGAAAAUGUACAAAAUCAACAGUGUUUAUAGAUGCCUCAAGGGCUAUUAAGUCACUAACACUCAUCGUCCCCACGCCGCCCGCAUGGGAAGGUCGGCGGGUGUUAGUCGUCAGAGCUAGGGGAGGGGGGUAAGAGAGUCUUUGAGUAAUGAUCUUGGGUUGAGUACACGGAGUACCCAUCAUCGUGAUUAGGGAUUUGAGGCGGCAUGGCUUCAUCGCUUGGGGUUGGCGUUGGCCACGGCAGCGAAAGCGCUUGUGUCAGAGUUUUCUGACAGCAUAACACCGGAUUCACUAACCGUAUAGCUACUGCCUCUGCCGUUGCUAGUAUCCGUUGGCGUAGGCCUUUAGAGAAGCAUGUUGGUGUCCGGUAGACAACCUGAAAUGCUUUCUUGGCAUCGACUCGGUGGUUCGUAUCGAUUAAAUGCGCGAGAAUAGAACUCGAAAUCGACCGGGUCUCACCUCUGUCUAGCCAGGCGGGCAUAUGUUCACGAACUCUCUUUAUCAGGCGUCUCGUUGUGCGGCCGAUGUAUCCUGCUCCACAGGAGCAAGUGAAUGAAUAAAUGCACAUUGAUAUGGCCUCCAACGGUAGUCUGUCUUUACCUCCCAAACGUAGGAGGGGAGAGUUUGUGAAGCAUACGCGUAAAUUCGCCGCAGGGAAUGCCCUCGUGCUAGCUGUAGUUAAGCGCCGUCGGACUAGUUCGCUCUCUGCGUCUCCUCUAAAAGGCAAUCUUAUGAAUACGUCUUUCUUUUCCGCAGUCGCAACAGUGGGCUUUUCAACGCGUUCCCCAAUAUUUCGGAGGAUAAAUCUAUCUGGGUAUCCGUUCUCCCGAAGUGUGUUCCGCAGCUGUUGAAGUUCUUCUUCAAUAGCUUCAGGUGAGCAGAUGCGUCUCACUCUAGCCGCCAAUCCCUGGACUAAAUUCCGUUUGAUGUUUAGGGGGACAAAACUGUGGAAAUUAACGUAUUGUCCCGUCCAGGUUUUCUUUCGGAACACCCUGCGCUGGAUAGACCCAUCCUAUUGCCUGUGCAGAAGGACAUCGAGAAAGGCAAGUUCGUUAUCUGCCUCGGUCUCUGCAGUGAACUUUAGCGAGGGGUGCGCACUGUUGAACUUUUGGACAAGCUCCUCGGUAUCGGUGGUACCAUCCGUCAGGCAGAAGAUAUCGUCCACGUACCGACGGUAGAAGACGAGGCCAUUAAUGGUCUCUUGCAAGCUUGUUUUCUCGACUUUGCCCAUAAAAACAUUUGCAAGGAACGGUCCAAGAGGUGAUCCCAUUGCCACACCGUCUACCUGCCUGUAUAAUUGACCAUUGCACAGAAAUUGGACAUUUUGUGUGCAAAGCGUCAGUAGUUCUUUUAGCGUUUUCACAGGCUUGUCUAUGGCGUAGUUCGUAUCACGAAUAACAUCACAAAGAUAGUUUAUUGUUUCUGUCACGGGUACGUUGGUAAACAGCGAUGAUACAUCCGGUGAUAACAUCCUCCGUCCGCCAACGUUCAUAUUUUUGAUAGCCUCGACGAACUCAAAGGAGUCUUUUAAACUUCGAGGGUAUAGGUAACUUUGCAAUGGCUUUAAUCUUUCCGCUAGCCAUUUUGCAACGGUAUGAUAGGGCGAAUUCCUCAUAUCCAAGAUUGGACGUAGAGGCAGCCCUUGUUUGUGAAUUUUAGGAAGGCCCUACAUUCAUUGCAAAGUUUUUUGAGCCGCGUAGGUCUUCUUUAUAAUAGCAUAUAGAAAUAUAAAAUUUUCGCUGCACAAAAAGUUACAGCUUGUGGUUCGGAAACUCUGAAUGUAAGCGUAACGGUAGGUCGGGUUCACAAUUAUUCGAAGAUUGAGACAGUUUUUUUAAAACCAAAAGAUACUCUUUUUUAAGCAUAAAGUUUAAAAAAGACGUAACUUGCUACCAAAUGAGUAAAAGAAAGAAUAUUUCUUUACACGUUUCUUCUAUUAACUAGAAAUGGUAGUCACUUUUGUCCUGGACAAUUAAAAAUUUGAAUAUUAGGGUAAUUACGAAUGUGGUCCUUAUCAGAUCAGCCUAAAUCCAGUUAGUAUCAUUCAGCCGCCAGCGGGGAAAGUUUGAAAAUUUUGCAUCCUAACAAGAAGUGGACUCGAUAGUAACGACUAGAGAAUUAUUGUCCUUACGUUUGGAUCUAUGCAAAAAGCCAUCAUCGUAAACAGGUGAACACUUGUCGACGGACGACAUCAAGGAGCAAUGUUGUCACGCCACCAUCUCGCCAUUUGCCAAAAUUGGCGAUGUAACAUGACGAUCAACGUCUCCGACGUGGCCAACAAAACAGAUAGCGCGCUAAGUACGACCAUUCUCGAUGAAUCUGGACUCCACCAAUAAAUUCCGUCAGUCAUAAAUUACAUGGAACUUUCACCCAAAUUCCGUAGAUCCUUCUUGACUAGAAGGGAGUAAUCGAGUAGGGUUGUGCCACUGAUUAUCCUGCGACAUAAUCCCACGAUAUUCCAGACACACCGGGAACCUGGAAUGUGAACGCAUUACAUUCUGACCGUCUACUAAAAGCGCAUGCGAUAAACAAUGGCUUGCAGCCAUUUAAUUUCCCCACAAAUUAAUAAGUAACUUGGAAUAAAUCGGUCUGAAUUAAAAUUUUCAUGUCCAGGCUGAAACUUAGUAUGAAAAUUUGGGCCGAAUUCCAACGGCCAUGGAGGAUUAAUGGCGUGAUAUUCAUUAACGGCAAACAGACAGCCAGUGGUAUAUAGACAAGUUAUAUGAAACAUAAUAUCUUAUAGCACAGGUAUCGGGGUUUAAGUUAGUACAUGUGCUGUCAGGUGUGGCGUAUCAUGUGACCCAGCAAAAAUCAAUGACAAUUUAAUAAGUACGCAUUUUCCAUCGAUUUUCGAUGUUCACAUACAUUCAAGUUACAUUAUAGAAAACGUGGUCAAAAUACUUUCCCUUGCAUUCAUUUGAUAGAAAAUCGCACCUUCUUCUCCUUCCUCUUCUUCGUUCUUCUUCUUCUUCAGCUUCAUCUUAUUUUUCUUCUUCUUCUUCUUCUCCUUCUACUCCUUCUCGUUUUCUUUUUCCUCCGAAAAGCCGAGAUAUGA